CUCCUCCCCGCCGCCUCCCUCCUCCCUCCUCCCUCCCUCUCUAAGACAUCCCCGCACGGCCCGGCCGCCGCGGCCACCUUCCCUGCCCGAGCUGCAGAUGUGGCGGAGCGGCCGGGCGCCGGGCGGCCGUGCCAGGGGAGCCCGCGCCGCGUGAGCCUCGCGCCCCGGCCCCCGCCCGCCCCGGCCCCUCCCCCGCUCGCUCCCCCGCCGCCCCCAGACCGCCGGAGCCCGCAGCCGGGAGCCCGACCGCCCCCGCCGCCGAGGUUCCUGCCUGAAAACCAGCUUGGGAUCCCCCCGCUGCCUGCAGCCACCUCCUACCCAGCCCCCGAUCACCAUGCACUCCUUGGACGAGCCGCUCGACCUGAAGCUGAGCAUCACCAAGCUCCGGGCGGCGAGAGAAAAGCGUGAGAGGGCGCUGAGUGCAGUCCGGCACCGAGCUCUGCACAGGGAGCUCGGCCUGGUGGACGACAGCCCCACCCCAGGCUCUCCAGGCUCCCCACCCUCAGGCUUCCUGCUGAACCCCAAGUUCCCCGAGAAGGUAGAGGGACGCUUUUCGGCUGCCCCUCUGGUGGACCUCAGCUUGUCACCGCCAUCUGGGCUGGAUUCCCCCAAUGGCAGCAGCUCGCUGUCCCCUGAGCGCCAGGGCAAUGGGGACCUGCCUGCAGUGCCCACCGCCCCGGACUUCCAGCCGCUGCGCUAUCUGGAUGGCGUCCCCAGUUCGUUCCAGUUCUUCCUGCCUCUGGGCUCCGGGGGGGCCCUGCACCUGCCUGCUUCCUCCUUCCUCACCCCCCCCAAGGACAAGUGCCUCUCACCAGAGCUACCCCUGCCCAAGCAGCUGGUGUGUCGCUGGGCCAAGUGUAACCAGCUCUUCGAGCUCCUGCAGGACCUGGUGGAUCACGUCAACGACUACCACGUCAAGCCUGAGAAGGACGCAGGGUACUGCUGUCACUGGGAGGGCUGUGCCCGCCAUGGCCGCGGCUUCAACGCCAGGUACAAGAUGCUCAUCCACAUCCGCACGCACACCAACGAGAAGCCACACCGCUGCCCCACCUGCAGCAAGAGCUUCUCGCGCCUGGAGAACCUGAAGAUCCACAACCGGUCGCACACGGGUGAGAAGCCCUACGUGUGUCCCUACGAGGGCUGCAACAAGCGCUACUCCAACUCGAGUGACCGCUUCAAGCAUACGCGCACCCACUACGUGGACAAGCCCUACUACUGCAAGAUGCCCGGCUGCCACAAGCGCUACACGGACCCCAGCUCGCUGCGCAAGCACAUCAAGGCCCACGGCCACUUCGUGUCUCAUGAGCAGCAAGAGCUCCUGCAAUUGCGCCCGCCCCCCAAGCCACCGCUGCCCACCCCCGAUGGCGGCCCCUAUGUCAGCGGAGCCCAGAUCAUCAUCCCCAACCCUGCUGCCCUUUUUGGAGGCCCCGGCCUGCCUGGCCUGCCCCUGCCCCUGGCCCCCGGCCCCCUUGACCUCAGCGCCCUGGCGUGUGGCAACAGCGGGGGCGGUGGGGGUGCAGGGGGCAUGGGCCCCGGGCUGCCGGGCCCCGUCUUGCCCCUCAAUCUGGCCAAGAACCCGCUGCUGCCCUCACCCUUUGGGGCUGGUGGACUGGGCCUGCCUGUGGUCUCCCUCCUCGCUGGCUCCGCUGGCGGCAAGGCUGAGGGGGAGAAGGGGCGCAUGGCAGUGCCAGCCAGGUCUCUGGGCGUGGAGGGCCGCAAGACACCCCUCGAGAGGACUGAGAACAGCCGCUCCCGGCCGAGCCCUGACGGACUCCCCCUGCUGCCGGGCACUGUGCUGGACCUGUCCACGGGCGUCAGCUCGGCGGCCAGCAGCCCAGAGGCACUCGCUCCGGGCUGGGUGGUCAUCCCUCCAGGCUCUGUGCUGCUCAAGCCGGCUGUGGUGAACUGAACCCGCCUGGUGGACAGCUACCUGCGGCCCAGCUAGGAGCUCCCGGCCCCCUGCCCCCGACGAACGGAAACUCUUCUGCGAAAUAGCAAUAAUGUCCUCCUGCCCCUGGGGCCUGGUUGGCUGUGUCCCCCAGGCAGACCCAGCCCCAGACAAGCUGGGCAGCAAGGAUGGUGCUAGAAGGUCAAUGGUGGUGUCCCAGGCUCUGGAGGGGGAGCUGGUCCUGCUAGCCAGGGAGAGCUGUGCUCCUGGGUGCUGAGGCCUCGCUCACCUCCAGCCCACCCCCUGCCCUCUCCUUCACCUAGUCCUCGGAUGCCCUGGCCCUCCACCAUCCUCCCUCAUCCAGGACCUCCCUCAUCCAGUCACCAGCCUGGGUAGGUAACCUGCCCCCUCCCUGCCAUGACCACCUGCCAGCCAUGUUCCCGUCCUGCCUAGCCUCUCUGGGCCCCUGCUCUGGGGGCUUCUUGGACCCCUUUCCCUCUGGCCCACCCUCCAGAGGGAGAGCAAGACAGACGCAGGCAAAGCCACAGGAAAAAGCCACCUUAUCCCUAUGACAAGGCGCCUCCAAACUCCGAGAGGGAGGCCCGCUCUGCCAGCUGCCCCUCACCACUAGCCUGUCCGGAAAGAGCCAGCAUGGAGGGUCAGCCCCUUGUCCAGGCUGGACACUCUCCAAAGUGAGGGGCCCAUUGACCACUCACCUGCCCCUUCACUACUGGGCCUUCUCCCUCUCCUUUCAGGGAGCCCUGGGGAUGUGGGGAGCAAAGCCCUAAGCUAGGAAGAGAGAUGCCAGGACCUUGGGCCCUUGCUUGGCUCAGGGGGCAAGUGGGAACAGGAUUGGCCCAGGGCAGUGCCACUCCGCACAAGGGACCACGGAAGCUUGCAGGGUGUCAGGAGAUGGGAGGCUGGCUGGGGACAACCCCAGGCUAGGACACAGCCCCAAUUCUGGGGGUGCCAAGUCACAGCCAGCACACAGGAGGGGUAGGGCUCCAGGCCAGUGCUGGGCAUGGGACCUUUCCAGAGGCCAUGGACAGAAAGCCCCGGGCUUGGGUGGUAAAGCGAACCGGGAUGGCCAUGGGAGGGCCCCAACUCUGUGCCUGGGGAGGGGAAGCUGGAGGAAGGUGCCUGGAUUUAAAACAUGGCUGUUUCCUUUGGCUUUGGCUCCUCCCAACUGAGCCUCUGUCCUAGAGGUACCCCCCCCCCCCCGACCCCCACUUUCACUGGCAUGGGCCAGAAUAAGCUAAGGAUGCUGGUGCUCCAUAUGCCCUACAGCCCACAGCCCGAUCCUAGCAGGCCUUGGGGCCACAGCACAUACGCUUUCCCCACCCUGAGCCCCUGCUGUUCCUCCCUGGAGGUGGCCUGGUGCCACCUGGGAGGUGCUGGCCUGGCAGUCAGGACUUCUGGCUCCAAGGCCUGCCCGGUCCUUGGCCACAUGACCAAGCACUCCAUUCCCCUGCUGUAGGACUGGGAGCUGCACGCCAGCAGCCGGGUGGUUAGCAAGCCUGCAGACCCCACCCUUUCCUGGACUGCCCUUCUGUCCUAGAGGGGUCACCCUGACCCGGCCUGCCCUAACAGGGCCUCGCAGUGCUGGCUCUGCCCCUUGAAGGGGCUGUGAGCAAAGCAGGAGGGAGCUGGUCUCCUUUCAUCGGGCCCCACCCAGGACCCAGGCCUUAAAUCCCCAGUUGGGGGUGAGGGGUUUGAGACUCAAGCCCAGGGAGCAGAGGAACAGGGCACUGGAAGGUGACAUUAGUUCAGCAUGUGACUCGGUGAUAGACCAGGCUCGAAAGGGCUGGUGUACGUGUUGUUGUUGUGGGUUUGUUGUUGCACAUUCCAGGAUAUCAGUAUUUUAACAGGUUCUAAGUGCCUUUCUAUCGUAGCUUAUGUUUUUCCUCCUCUUGGCUCCAUUGCUGUUAG